AUGGGCUUUUACUUAAAUCUAGUUGGGUUACCAAACCACAGAAGAUUGGACCGUAAAAACAAGUCUUUUUUUUUAGAGAGAGGGAGAGACAUUCAACCCAGCACCAACACAAUUUGGCUUACCAAGAGGACGAAGAAGGCUGGUAUUGUAGGGAAGUAUGGAACUCGUUAUGGGGCUAGUCUGCGAAAGCAUAUUAAGAAGAUGGAGGUCAGUCAGCACAGCAAGUACUUCUAUGAAUUUUGUGGGAAGUAUGCGGUGAAGAGAAAGGCAGUGGGUAUUUGGGGUUGCAAGGAUUGUGGCAAAGUCAAAGCAGGCGAUGCUUACACAUUGAAGUAA